AUGCUGCGCGCCUUGUCCAGCGCCGUGCGCCCUUGGAGGCCCUUUUGGGCCCGCGGCUGCGCUUCGGAUGGGGAGGCCCGGGGACCCGAGAUCCUAGUGCGCGCACUGGCGGGCCCUGACCAAGGAAUCACUGAGAUUCUGAUGAACAGACCACAAGCCCGAAAUUCCCUGGGGAACAUCUUGGUCAAGGAGCUGCUGGAAACUUUGGCUCGGCUUCGGGAGGACCGGCAGGUGCGUGUCUUGCUCUUCAGAAGCAGUGUGAAGGGUGUGUUCUGUGCAGGUGCAGACCUGAAGGAGCGCGAGCAGAUGAGUGAGAUGGAAGUGAGGGCCUUUGUCCAGCGUCUCCGAGGCCUGAUGAAUGACAUUGCAUCCUUCCCUACGCCCACCAUUGCAGCCAUGGAUGGGUUUGCUUUGGGUGGGGGCCUGGAGCUGGCCCUGGCCUGUGACCUCAGAGUGGCAGCUUCCUCCGCUGUCAUGGGGCUGAUCGAGACCACCCGAGGGCUCCUCCCAGGGGCAGGAGGAACUCAGCGGCUGCCCCGCUGCCUGGGGGCAGCACUGGCCAAGGAACUCAUCUUCACUGGUCGACGCUUGAGCGGAACACAGGCCCAGGUGCUGGGGCUAGUGAACCAUGCUGUGGCCCAGAACGAGGAGGGUGACGCAGCCUACCACCGGGCAAGAGCACUGGCCCAGGAGAUCCUGCCUCAGGCCCCCAUUGCUGUGCGGCUGGGCAAAGUAGCCAUAGAUCGAGGAAUGGAGGUUGACAUUGCUUCAGGGAUGGCUAUCGAAGACAUGUGCUAUGCUCAGAAUAUCCCAACCAGGGACCGACUAGAAGGCAUGGCAGCCUUCAGGGAGAAACGCAUCCCCAGAUUUGUUGGCGAAUGA